AUGGCGUCCCCUGCGUUUAAUGGCAAGGUCGGUGGCUCCCCUGAUCCCUUCCAUCCUUUCCUCGCAGGCUCUCGGGGGGCCAGGAAGCCCAUGCGCAUUAAUCUGGAACCGAAAUCACCCGAGAUCAAAGCAGAAACCCAAGAUGAGGACGCCCUCACAGACCAUGAUACGCCGAACGAUCCAUUGCUUUCUUCCUCUCACCCGAAUGUCCACCAGACCAUUCCCACCUGCGCUCCACUCCUUGCUCCAAGAACCGUCCCACCAGUCCCGCGGCAUAACCGCCUCCAUUUCCCCAGUGAAAGCGACAUCAGUGCCCUGGACAUUGGCCCAAGCCUAAUCCAGACCCACUCGCAACGCACUGCCCAGUCUCUUCGACUCACUCCAGCCCCAAUAGCUUCACGAACCGGCUUUCUGCGUGUCCUUCCAGUGACCAGAUCGCCAAACACUCCCCCAGAGACAAGUUGGUCAGACAGUUUCCCAGAGAUCACAAGACCGGACAGGCCCAGAAGCCGCCUUCGCAUCGAGGAUCUUGAGCCCAAUGCAGUCGCCCCUGGCAGCGCUUCAAUCAGCCCUCAAUUCCUCACAACCCGUCUCAACCAUCAGAGUGCCCUUCACGCGUUCCCCGAGCCCUUCGGCUUUCGCCUUCAGGAGCCUGUGAGGCCGGAUAGACCUAGAGGUCGCUUUUGCAUCGAGGACCUGGACUCCGAGGCUGUCACGUCUGACAGUGCAUCAAUCAGCCCGGAGCUACUUCUCUCAAACCGUAUUCGCCGUCAGGAAACUCUGCAUCAGCUUCCUUAUCCCCCUUUCCUGUAUCGUACGUGGAGAGGCCCAACCCCAAUCGCGGGCGAUAUCCACAUGCUUGGCUAUGGGUACGGGUACGGGGCACGCAAAUACACACAUGUCGAUCUCGCUAUGAAUCUUGACCCUGGGAACAAUAUAACAUCUGCCUCGCAACUUCCUUCGCAGCAUCACGCUCCUCCCCCUGUAGGGCCAUAUGAUUCAUAUCCUAAUGCUUUCAUGGCCGGUAUGGCCGACUACGGAAGAUCCCUGGAGAUUUACAAAAGCUUGGAGGAUGACUGGAACGAGGUCCCAAACGAACCUGUGGAGGAGAUGAAUGGGCAAGUUUGA